UAAUUCUAAUUAUUCCUAAUGAUAGAUUUCACGAAGAAAGUGGUUUUAAUCACUGGUGCGGCCACUGGAAUUGGUGCCAACGCUGCUCGAUACAUUGCAAAAUUGGGUGGACAAGUGGCUUUGGUAGAUAUAAAUGCAACGGCAUUAAAUGAAGUUGUUGAACAAAUAAAAGGUGACCACUCCCCAAACGCUUUGGCAAUCGUAGCCGAUGUUACUGAAGAUUCGGAACGGAUCAUCGCCGAAACUAUCGACCGCUUUGGCCGUUUGGAUGUUUUGGUAAAUAAUGCUGCCAUCGCAUGUGAGAAAAAUAUCAUGGAAGCCGACAUCAAUGACUUUGACCGAAUGAUGAAUACAAAUCUAAGAAGUAUCGUGAUCUUGAGUAAACUGGCCGUUCCUCACCUCGAAAAAUCCAAAGGAAACAUAGUGAAUGUGUCAAGCAUUUCUGGGAUUGUUCCAGUGAAAUAUGCAUAUUAUGGAAUGACGAAGGCCGCACUCGAUCAGUUUUCCAAAUCAGCCGCAAACGAGUUCGGGCCCAGAAAUAUUCGUGUAAAUUCCAUCAAUCCGUCAAUUGUUUUAACGCCAAUGUUUGAAAAGGCAUUCACAGCCGAAGAAGCUUUGCGAUUGAAAAAUAAGUGCAAAGAAAUGUAUCCAAUUGGUAGAAUGGGCAAAACCGAAGAAAUAUCAGCUGCAAUCGCAUUUUUAGCAUCCGACGCCGCAUCAUUUAUAACUGGUGUUCAGUUUGCCGUGGAUGGUGGUGCCAUAUCUGCUGGAGCUCAUUACUUGAAUUGAAGUGAUGUUGAUGAUGCGAUGGUGAAAAAAAGCGAAAAAAAUAUAACAUCGAUCGGAGUCGACUUUUAAUUCAAUUAAAAUAUCAAGAAAAUCUUCAAUUUCUUGUAUCGACGAGACAUCAUUAUGAUGAUGUAUACAUGCCAAUAUUCCAAUGCCGUAAUAUGAUUA